AAAUUUGCUAAUUCCGUUGCAGCAGAGGGAGGUAUCGAAAUGAAGCAAACUUUCGCCACGAUUGUGGCACUUUUAGCCCUAACCGGGCACUUGUGUACUGGAAUUGGAAUAGGAGGAGUCUCCGUCGGUCCCGUCACUGUACCACCGGUAACAGUGUCUGUUGCGCCAGUUACUGUACCACCGGUAACCGUUGGACCAAUCUCCGUUUCCGUGGCUCCUGUGACAGUUCCUAGUGUAACGGUACCUCCGGUUACUGUAUCGAUUCUCACCGUUACAGUGCCUCCAGUAACGCUUCCGGUAACCAUUCCCACACUGCCUGUUACGGUACCAACGCUGACCGUACCAACGCUGGGAGUUACUGUUCCUACCUUAGGAGUCACAGUGCCUACACUCGGUGUCACAGUGCCUACACUCGGUGUCACAGUCCCUUCAGCAAUCCCCAUACUGGGCACAGUAGCAGGGCUCUUGACAACAACAACGACUGCCGCGCCAACUACUACGACCUCGAAACCGGCUACCGUGAUCUUCAACAUUGGUGGCAGCAUUCUGACAGUCGCUGCCUCAGACAUAGCAACAAUCACGGCCAUAAUCCAAGCUCUACAAGUGACUACGACCACAGCUGCCGCAACAACUACGACAACUGCAGCCGCUACCACAACGACCGCAGCCACUACAACAACGACUGCAGCCGCCACCACAACGACUGCAGCUGCAACAACGACAACUGCAGCCGCCACAACAACAACCACCGCGGCAGCAGCCGCAACAACAACAACCACUGCUGCUUCGACAACAACUGCUGCACCUUCCAUUUCGAUAUCCAUUACGAUCAAUUACAAUGGCUCGUCCGUAAUUAUUGUGGCCGACAAUAGCGCACUACUAACAUUGCUUACACAGUUGCUCAAUCAGCUAUCCUCGUCCACAACGAGUGCAGCAACAACGACGACGACGGCGAAGACGACGACAGCCGCCGCUGCAUCGACGACUUCCGCCACUAGCACAACAACUGCACGUACCGGCGGUUGUCACAGGCAUAAUCAUAGCCACGAGCGCUUUGGUUUCGGAUUUGGGGCAAGAAUCGGUAUCGGUGGUCCAGGCGGUAUCCUAGGCAUUGGCGGAGGAAUUCGCAUCGGUAGACCACCGAUCGGACCACUUGCUCCGCUUGUCACGCCGGCUCCGGUAAUUCCAGUUGCUCAGGUUGUAAAUCCUAUUGGUCUCGUCGCUAGACCGGUGCUGACUGCUGCUGGCCGAAUUGUGAAUGGAAUAGGACAAGGUAUUAACAAUAUAGCGGGCGGAAUUGCAAAUGCUGUCAGUGCGUUAGGAUCGGCCGGAGCGGGUCUUUCUGCCGGAGCGGGACUCUCUGCCGGAGCAGGGCUGAGCGGUGGAUUUGGCAUAGGUGCAGCUGGAGGCUUUGGUAUAGGGGCCAGAGCGGGGUUGGGUUAAACACCCUUCGAACGAAAAUAAAACUACAAUAACACUUACA